AUGUCGUUUGAAUUCACGGAACGCGCUCAGUCAUCGGUCUCGGCAGCGCUCCAGCUCGCCAAGGACCACUCGCAUCCCCAGGUCAGCCCUGUCCACAUUGCGCUGGCGCUCUUGACCGACGACACUUCCAACUCACAAGGCGUUCAAUCCACCAACGAAUCGAGCCAAUCGCUCUUCAAAAGCAUCUGCACCAAGGCUGGCGUCGACACCAAGAUAUUCGAAGACAAGCUUCGCACAGCAAUACGCAAAAUCCCUUCCCAGGAGCCUCCGCCCGACGACAUCAGCCUAUCCAGCCCUGCGCUCAAGGUCUUGAAAGAAGCGGAAAACCAGAAAAGCACACAGCGAGACGCCUACAUCGCGCAAGACCACAUCCUUCUCGGCCUCAUCCACGAUAACACCAUCAAACAGCUGCUCAAAGAAGCCGGUCUCGCCAACGAACAGCUCAUCAAGACUGCCAUCACACAGGCACGCGGUGGCCGACACAUUGACAGCAAGACGGCCGAAGCGGGCUACGACGCACUCGCAAAGUACUGCACCGAUCUCACACAGCUCGCAGCCGAGGGCUCGCUCGAUCCCGUCAUCGGCCGUGACCAGGAAAUCCGACGAGCCGUCCGCGUCCUCUCCAGGAGGACGAAGAACAACGCCGUGCUCAUCGGCAGUCCCGGUGUAGGUAAGACCGCCAUCGUCGAAGGUCUGGCCCAGCGUGUCGUCGACCGCGAUGUGCCGCCCAACCUUCUUGGCAAGAUCCUCAGCCUCGACGUCGGUGGCCUCAUGGCCGGCGCCAAGUACCGCGGCGAGUACGAGGAGCGUGUCAAGGCGGUGCUCUCCGAUAUUGAAAAGAUGACCGCUGACGGUACACCCUGCAUCCUCUUCAUCGACGAGAUGCACCUGCUCAUGGCAGGCCAAGGCAGUUCCGGAGGUGGCAUGGAUGCUGCCAACCUGCUCAAGCCUAUGCUGGCCCGCGGCAAGCUCCGCGUCAUCGGCUGCACCACCGCCAACGAAUACAGGCAAUACAUCGAGAAGGACGCCGCGCUCGAGCGUCGAUUCCAAUCGAUCCUCGUCAACGAGCCCACCGUCGAGGACUGCAUCGCCAUCCUCCGAGGUAUCCGCGACAAGUACGAGGUCCACCACGGCGUACGCAUCCUCGACUCGGCCAUCGUAUCGGCAGCCCAGCUUGCAAAACGCUACCUCACCGAUCGACGUCUGCCCGACUCGGCCAUCGACCUGGUCGACGAGGCCUGCGCCGACGUCAGGGUGUCGCGUGAGACUGUCCCCGAAGAGGUCGACAAGCUCGAGCGCAAGCGUCUGCAGCUCGAGAUUGCCGUGCACGCACUCUCCCGAGAGAAGGACGCCCAGUCCAAGCAGUCGCUCGAGGAGACCAAGAAGCAGAUCCAGGCCAUCGAUGACGAACUCGCACCCAUCAAGGCGGCCUUCGAAGCGCAGAAGGCAAAGGGCGAGGAGAUCAACUCGGUCCGUCGCAAGAUGGAGGAGGUGCGAGCCAAGAUCGCCGAGGCCGAGCGUCGCUACGAUCUCGCCACCGCUUCGGAUCUCAAGUUCUACGCGCUGCCCGAUCUGGAGACCAAGCUGCAGCAGCUCCAGGCGGCCGAACGCAAACGCGAAGAGGAAGGUCUCAACUCGGACAACAACGCGGUCACCUCUGAUUCGAUCGCCGCCAUCGUCUCGCGAUGGACGGGCAUACCCGUCUCGCGCAUGCUCGAGUCCGAGAAGAACAAGCUGCUCCGCCUCGAGCGUACCUUGGCUAAGGAGGUCAUCGGCCAGGAUGAGGCGGUCAAGAGCGUUGCCCAAGCCAUUCGACUCUCUCGCUCCGGUCUCGCGGAUGCGAACCGUCCGAUCGCCUCGUUCCUCUUCGCCGGCUCUUCGGGCUCGGGAAAGACGCUGCUCAGCCGUACCUUGGCCAAGUGCAUGUUCGACUCGGCCGAUGCCAUGAUUCGCAUCGACUGCAGCGAGUUUUCCGAGAAGCACUCGAUCUCGCGUCUCAUCGGCGCGCCUCCCGGCUACGUCGGCCACGAGGAAGGCGGUGUUCUGACCGAAGCCGUUCGCCGCAAGCCCUUCAGCAUUGUCCUGCUCGACGAGAUCGAGAAGGCGGCGCGCGAGUUCAUCCAGCUCUUCCUCGGCGUGCUCGACGAGGGCCGUCUGCAGGACAGCCAGGGUCGCCAGGUCUCGUUCCGCAACACGAUCAUCAUCAUGACCUCGAACCUCGGCUCGUCGUACAUCAACGAAUCCGAGGACGAGAGCAUGAACGACGCCACGCGCCAGCUCGUCAUGAACAGCAUCAAGGCCGCCAUGCCCACCGAAUUUGUCAACCGCAUCGACAGCAUCGUCGUGUUCAGCAAGCUGUCGCGCCGCAACGUCAAGUCGAUCGUGGAUGUGCGUCUGCGCGAGAUCGAGCAGAGGAUCCAGGCGAACGGCGGCAAGUCCAGGUUGGUGCUCGACGACGCAGCAAAGGACUUUUUGGUCUCGAUCGGCUUCUCGCCUACGAUGGGUGCUCGACCGCUCAACAGGGCGAUCCAGCAGGAGCUGCUCUCGCCGCUGUCGAUCCUCAUCCUGUCCGGCAGGGUCAACAUCAAGGAGGAUCCGCAGAUCAGCGUGCAGUUCGAUCCGCAUAGGAACGGGCUGGUGGUGUUGCCCAAUCACGAGGGGAACGCUAACGCGAACGGCAUGGAGGACGAGGACAUGUCGGACGAAGACGACGACUUGGACGAAUUCGGGCACGCAAAGAUCGAAGAGGAUCCGCUCGAUUAG